AUGGCGGAGGCUAUCGCAGCACUGGACUCGCAGGGCGUCCUCAAGGAGUAUUCGAUCGGCAAUCUAUUGAGACGAUAUGAGGAUGAGGAAUACGAGCAACGUUUUAUGGCAACUACUCCAUUUCCAUGGUACAACACGAGUACGGGCAAGGCAGAGCAUGGUCUCAGCUGCAAAGGGUGUCAUGUUCGUGUUACGACAGAACGUAAAGACUUUGAUAAUCAUUCGGCGCUUUCUUCAGCGGAAUUCCUGUCUCAUUUUGCAACUUGCGUUGAAGCGUGGGAUAUAUGGGCUAAGAGCCAGCAGGGGACGGUGCCUGUUGAGGACUCUGAGUUUGUACGUCGCGGUGGAUUUUUUAUCGGGAAGCAGUGA